AGGCGCCUGCAGGUGUCAGCGAGAAAGCAAAUGGCGAGCAAGAGCACUGUCGACCGACGUUGAGUCAACUCGACGAUUCAAUCGACACGCUAUUUUCAAGAAUUUGUAUCGUCCAAUCUUUCGAUCGAACGGUUUGCCACGUAAGGUGACGAACGAUCGAUCGUAUCUCGUAUUUAUACCGGCAAACGUGGCAACGGUUUCGUGCGGGUUUCCCGUGGAAAUCGAUAAGCUUCCGAGGGUCAAGCGUUGUACUUGCGCGCAGGUUUGUCGAGAAGUGUGUUAUUUCUCUCGUCGAGGAUCCUACGCGUCAAGAUGUCCACGUCGAUGACAGACAAGCUUCUGGAUGACAUGAGCAGCAUACCGUUGGCAGACGAUGAUCCGCAAGUGAUAAUUCCUGAAGAGGAGAUCGUAGACAACAGCUGCCACAUAUCUGACGUGCUUGGCAGUGGACACAGCAUGGAUUCUAUACCAUCCACGUUCACAAAUGGAAGUUGCAGUCCCAACAGCUUGGAUCCUGACAUAAGCCCCGACGAGCAGGAAGAGAAGGCAAGGUUGAUUGCCCAAGUGCUUGAACUUCAGAACACGUUAGACGACUUGUCCCAGAGAGUAGACAGCGUGAAAGAGGAGAACCUGAAGCUGAGAAGCGAGAAUCAAGUGCUGAGCCAGUACAUCGAGAACUUAAUGUCGGCGUCCAGUGUUUUUCAGUCUACGAGCCCCAACACCAAGAAAAAGUGAAUUCACGCCGUCGCGUUAGAUAAGAAAAUGUCGAAGAAACAGGGAUCUUAAAGAAAAUAAUGUGAUCGUCGAUACCUCCGUGAACAGUAUGUACACGCGUUUUAUUAUAACUGCCUUAUUUAACGAGAGGAUGAUCACAAGUUAUUGUAGAUAUAAGAAUCCCGAGAAAACGUCGUUCAUGAUGUGUCCAGCUUGUUUCACGUUUACACGUUUCAUCACGUAUUCGUGUGCAUACUAUUCACAGAGUAGCUCGUCCGCGAGCGAGAAUUCUCUCUCAUGACACGCACGUUCGAAUCGAGCAUGAUUCCACGAACGACGAAUUACGAUUCAAACGUGCGCGCACAAGAAACUCAUUGUUCGACUAUUGUUCGUCUCUUUUAAUCACUGCAUACGCUUUCUGCCUGCAAAACGCUUACGUUAAUAUUGUUAUUUAUUGCCAAAGAAUUCCGUUUCGCAUCUGUGCAAUGUGUGUCUUCGAAGAAUCUCUGUGAAAUCUACAGGAGAGAGAUUGGAAACGUGCAAUUUCGACGGUGAAAAAUCACUCAAGAUUUUUCUUUCUUUUUUUGAUAAUUAAGCAUGAUUUUGCGUUCUCUCCGGUGUGUGAAUCCAAUUUCUACUGUUAAAUCGCAUUCGUUCGGGGUUGAUUGUGAUUUUUUUCGCGUAUUUGAUACGUAUUGGAUAAAGAAGGGUGAUCAAUGUUUCUAGUUACCGUAUUUAAUCAAACACCAGUGUUUUUUAAUUGAAGCUUUCCGCUUAAGGGUUUUGAUAUACGUGUAUGCAAUGUACGUAGAUGUACAAAAGAGAUAAGAAAUAUAUAUAUAUAUAUACAAUUACAUAUAAAUAAAUAUAAAUAUAUUAAUAUAAAUUAGAAUUUGUAUAAAUGCUGCGAGCACAGUGCAAAUUCGACUGAUUAAGAAACUCGAUCGACACUUUGCCUGCAGCAUGUUCGAUCAACGAUUAAUAUAAUUAAAAAAGAGAGAGAGAGAGAGAGACAAAGAAAAGAUAAAGAAGGAAUCAAUAUGUAUUGCAAUUUAAAACUGCAACUUGCGAUGAAGUUUCAGUUGAAGGGCACAAGCAGACUGCACAAUCUCAAAUUAUUUCAUUGUUGAGUAACAUAGUGUUAUAAUAAACAUUAUAUUCUAUUGGAA